CAGGUAGCAGGCGGACCAGUGCAGCCAGAUCCUGUUGAGGCUGCACCACGUGUGGCAGAUCUGGGAAAUCACCAGAAUCCCAGAUAUCUGCCACCUCCUCGCUGACCAAAUGGAGGACAUCAACAACAUAAUGCACCUCCACCAAGGGAGCAUUUUCAGCCUUAUGUGCCACCCGUGCAGCAAAAUCUUCCAAAUCUGCCAGGACAGUACAUCAAUCGUGAUCAAAUCAUCGACAUGGUGCAGGAGGCUUAUGGUCCAGUUUUGAGGCCUCUUGUCAGACCUGCUUACAAAAAACCAUAUCCAGAUUUCAUAGACCAAGAGAAUCCUUUUCCAAGAGGGUUCAAAGUUCCAGAAUUCACUCUAUUUUCUGGAGAUGGUGGAUAUUCUACAAUUGAACACAUAGGUCGCUUCACAAUUCAGUGUGGCGAGGCCUCCAGUGAUGAUAAUCUGAAACUCAGACUUUUUCCUAUCUCAUUAACUAGUACAGCUCUCACCUGGUAUCUAAGUCUGCCACAGAAUUCUGUUUAUACUUGAAGGCAGAUGGAAGAUCUUUUUCACAUCCAGUUCUACCGUAGUGAGCCAGAAGUGUCUAUGGCAGAUUUAUCUCGUAUGGUGCAGCGACCUGGAGAAACAUCUGAGGCAUUUUUGGCUAGAUUUCGAAAGGCCAGACUUAAGUGCAGAGUUGCCUUGCCAGAACAGGAAUUUGUUAAGCUGGCACAAAAUGUUCUGGACAUUGAAUUGAGGAAAAAGUUUGAGGGAAUGGAGUUUCGUGAUUUCUUUGAGUUGUCUUACAAGGUGGCUCGUUAUGAAAAUCUAUUGCGAGAGGACACACAAAGGAAAUCUGCAUCUCAUGAGACUUAUUAUGGUGAUGCUAACUUCGAUCUGGACGUGGCAGAAGUGGUGGCAGACAAGCCAGUUGUUUGCCCAGAUUUGGUUAAAGUGGUCCAGCAGACCGACAAAACAGUAAAACGUUAUGUCGGAGAGGCUGGAAAACAAUACACCUUUGACAUUUCAAAAACUAAUGAAAUUUUUGACCACCUUAAAAAGAGUGGUCUAAUUAAGUUGCCGCCGGGACAUAAAAUCCCAAUGGCUGGCGAAAUUGGCAAUAGAGAAUAUUGCAAAUAUUACAAUUCUUGGAAACAUUCCACUAAGGUUAAAUACCCUUUUUGGUCCCUCUACUAUAGGAAAAAGCCCAUUUUUAGUCCCUGCUUAUGGGUUCGCGAUGAACCCACGAGCUGGGUUCAUCGCGACGAACCCAGGCUCCUAGGUUCGCCUGAAGAUAAAAUCGACAAGGGAAUUCUGCGUUUUCCAGAUAAGGCCAAAGAAACUAUGGGAGUUGAUGCAGAUCCAUUCCCUACCAUGUCUGUUGGGGUGAACGCGGCAGAUCUCAGGAGCAUUGCCAGAGACAGAACUCAAAUAUGCUAUAGGCGCAGACUUGCAGCUGAUGAUCUGAGGUGGGUCAUUGAGGAGGCCAGGGCCCGCAGAAACCAGGUCAGAUCAGGCUCAUACCGAAAGAGACAGCCCGGGGGGCACAACUCAACUCAACAGAAAAAUAAUGCAAAUCAGGGAACUGCGAUAUCUGGACACGCAGAACAGCCCAGAAUGGUGAAACCACCACCUAGAUCUCCAACCAAACGGUGGGAACGUGUGGUGCAUCCAAAAUUUCCUAAAGGUCAGAAUCCAAGGACCUUGAAGAGGCGUUUACAACGCAAAAAGGUCGCAGAAAGACACCGACAGCAGAUUACAGACUCGGGGGGCAUGGCAGAUCAGGCACAGCCACUCCCAGCAAGAAGAAAAUCAGUGUGGGUUCGUAAGGAAAAAGGGAGCUCAUCUGGCCAGAAUUCUCCAGAAAAGGAAGAACCACCCAGAAUUCCAACAUCACCUCGAAUUCUGGCUAUGGAAUCCAAUGAAGAAACUGGUUUGAAGGCGAAGUUUGACGUGUCAGAUAAAGCGGAAAAGUCAUCAGAUGUAAUUUGUUUUGGUGAGUUUUCCGUGAAUUUAUCUUGUUUGGUGAUCACUCUUCCUUUAGUCUUUCAAGCAAGAGAGCAGCCAGAAUCUGCAGUCUGUCACCAGACAGAUUUGACUGAGGAAGAAGAAGUCAUUGAAAUCCCAGCCAAGGAAGAUGGUGAUAUGGAUUCAACAGAUAAAAUCAUCUUCGAAAAACCAGAAGAGAGAAUGGCCAAGCACAUAAGGCCAUUAUACAUUCAUGCACAUCUGGACAGUAUGCCAAUAAAUCGAGUUCUGGUGGAUAAUGGAGCAGCUGUCAAUGUUUUGCCAACUUGUAUUCUGCACAAGAUUGGCAAAUCUUUGGGUGAUUUAAUGGAGACAGAAGUGACAACCAGUGACUUUACUGGUGGAGUAAAUCGCUCGAGGGGAAUUCUGUCAGUAGAACUUACUGUGGGAAAUAGAACUCUCAUGUGUGCAUUCUUUGUGGUUGACACCAUUGCCACUUAUAAUGCAUUGCUUGGGAGAGAUUGGAUACAUUCCAGCUGGUGCGUUCCUUCAACUUUACAUCAGAAAUUAAUAUUCUGGAAUGGUGGCAGAACUGAAGUUGUGACAGCAGAUGACAAGCCAUUUAUGGCAAGUACCAAUGUAGUGGAAGCUCGUUAUUAUGAUGAAGAUAUUGGGACUAUCCGUUUUUUUGGGAUGGACCGCUAUGGCAGACAUUCUGGAAUUACUGCCUGCACCAGAUCUGCAGUGGACAGACAAACUGUGAAAGAGGUGUGUGAUGAACUGCUUCGGCCUACAACAAUCAUUCCUUUUAGAUCUGAAGUAGUCUAUGAAGGCGAAGAGGAUGAUUUGAAGGAUCGGAUAACACUAGAGGAAUUAGAUCUGGCACUAGCAAAGCUUGAUGAUCUGAAAGCAGAAGUACAAGAUCCCCUGGAUGAGUACAAGGAUUGUUUUGCUUGGGACUAUUCUAAAAUGCUAGGUCUAGACAGAAAUCUGGUAGAGCACAGAUUACCAAUUAGACCAGAUUUCAAGCCUUUUAAACAGCCGCCUAGACGAAUGUCUCCAGAAGUCACUUUAAAAGUUAAAGAAGAGAUAGAGCGGCUUUUGAAGGUUGGUUUCAUCAGGACUUCCAGAUAUGUGGAAUGGUUAUCUAAUGUGGUUCCUGUGGUUUAAAAGAAUGGUUAUAUCCCCGAUUCAGUCCCUCAACUUUCAUUUUUGAACUAAAACUACCCUCGAACUUCAAAAAGUACUAAAAAAAUCCUUGAACUUCAAUUUUUGGGACCAAUUUUGUCCUUCCGUCGACGGAAAUGACAGAUGGCACGUUAAGUUGCCACAAAAUCAAUUCUUGUUUGAAAUCUUUAAUUACGUGGAAAAUAACUAAUCCACGUCAUCCUUCAUUACUCCGAUCAUCCCGCAUUACUCCGGUCAUCUCUCCGAUCAUCCCUCCCGUCAUCCCUCCGGUCAUCCCUCAUUGCUCCGAUCAUCUAUUACCACUCCAAUCACCAUCUACUUCUUCCCCAAACCUCCUCCCUAAUAGAAUUCAAUAAAUCUG